AUGUUAUUCUAUUCAUUUUUUAAAUCCCUUGUUGGCAAAGAUGUUGUUAUUGAAUUAAAAAAUGAUUUAUCAAUAUCUGGUACAUUACAUAGUGUUGAUCAAUAUUUAAAUGUUAAAUUAACUGAAGUACAAGUACUUGAUCCAGAAAAAUAUCCUCAUAUACAAUCGGUUACAUCAGCAUUUGUACGUGGUUCUGUUAUACGUUAUAUACAAUUACCACCGGAUGAUGUUGAUACACAACUAUUACAAGAAGCAACACGAAAAGAAAUAACACAACCACGAAAAGAAUGA